CUUCCGGUUAGGACUUUAGAACCUGGUUUUGGUUGACUUUUGAGCGGCGGGGAGAGCUCCUAAUCCGCUUCUGGUGCGGUUCUUCCCUCCAUGUUGAGAGCGGUGGUCUUUCCCGUUGCCAGGGAGACAUUUUCGAGGUUCAGACCUCAAAUCUCCAUCCGCAGAGCCGGCCUCAUGGCCCCCAAGCCCCUCGUGGCGGUCUGCCAGGUGACCUCCACUCCGGACAAGGAGCGCAACUGGGCCUCGUGCGCCCACCUCGUGCGGGAGGCGUCCGGUCGCGGGGCCUGUGCCGCCUUCCUCCCCGAAGCCUUCGAUUUCGUCGGGAAAAGCCUCGAGGAGACGCUGAGUUUGGCCGAGCCCCUGGGAGGGGAGUACGUGCAGCGUUACGCCAGCCUGGCCAGAGGUUACGUUGGCAGCGAAGCAAGUGGAGUGUGUGUGUGGACGGAGUGGGUCGACCCAGAGGACCCCACGGUCAUUGCGGAGACGGAGUUGUUGGGAGCGGCCGCCUCCAUCGAAGCCGCUGCCAAGAAACUGGAGCAACUCAAACCCAGAGCCAAGCCCAAGUCCAAAACACCUGGAGGGAGGGGCGCGAUGAGGUCCUACAAUUCCCUAAUUCUGUCCUUAUUCCCGCAGCCCCUCCUUCGGGCCAGGGCCAUUGAGACACAAUGUUACGUCAUCGCGGCGGCCCAGACGGGGGCUCACCACGACCGCCGCGCCUCCUACGGCCACAGCAUGGUGGUCGACCCCUGGGGCAGCGUGGUGGCCCAAUGCCACGAUGGGCCGGGCCUUUGCUACGCGGAGAUCGACCUCGAAUACCUGAACCGCGUCCGGAAGGAGAUGCCGGUCUUCCGACACCGGCGGAGUGACCUCUACGGCCGGGUGGCUCUUCGGCGCGGUUCUCCGUCCCCGUGAUUAUGACCUUUGGAUGCCGUUGGAACCGUCAGGGAUGAUGGGACUUGGAAUCCAUAUGGAAGAUGCUGACUGUGUAUAUCUUUCCCAGUUUCCUUCAUGAAAACUGCUUUCAGUGUGGGAGGAAUCCCGUUUGGCGCCACUUGCUCCGCCGCGGCUCAAUGCCGCCAAGUCCAAGGAUGAUGGGAGUUGGAGUUCGGCAUCGCUAAAUCAAACUGAAACUUAUAUCUGAAGUUUUUCUGGCUCACAAAUGAUUAAAACUGAUUUCUGUCUGCACACAAUAGAACCAGAAGAA